AUGCAGUUCACCACCGUCGCCGUCGCCUUCUUCGCCAGCCUCGUCGCUGCCCAGGACCUUUCCACCCUCCCCGACUGCGCGCGUCCCUGCUUCGUCGACAACUUCCCCAUCUCCGGCUGCACUGACCAGACCGACUUCGCCUGCAUCUGCGCUUCCUCCGCGUACAACAGCGCCGUGACCACCUGCGUCCUAGGUGCCUGCGAGCUUACCGACGCUCUUGCUGCCUCUUCCUGGGCUCAGGCCACCUGCGCCGCUGCUGGCGUUCCCAUCUAG